CUUAACAACCGUUGCAGAUCGAUGAUGACCGAGCGGCUCGGAUCUGCUGUCGUCUUCAGGACACAGGAGCACCACGGCGCAUCGUCAGCCACCCAGGGCUCAGCCUGAAAUCUCGGUUUAAACUGGAUUUUCUUUCAGAUUCCUGCCUCAUUAAUUCGGUUUGUAAUUCACACGGAGGUCCUGGUCGAAAAAAAAUGGAGAUGCUGCCUGAUUUAUGGAAGGAGGACUACUGGCUUCCUCCUGGUGUGACCUGGAGAGACAUGGAACAAAUGGGGGACUCCAACCGCCCCAGACCCCUGGACCUUCUCAUCGCUCUGCCCCUCGCCCUCGGCUUCGUAGCCCUCCGCUACAUGUUUGAAAGGUUUGUUGCCCCACCCAUGGCCAGGUGUCUUGGGGUGAAGAAUAGAUUUCAAGUGACCGCUGCACCAUCGCCGAAUCUGGAGUCGUUUUACAUCCAGAACAGGAGAGAGCCGAUACAGAGUGAAAUGGAAGGCUUGAUGCUGUCGUGCCGCAAAACGCAGAGACAAAUAGAGACGUGGUUCAAGCAUCGCAGGAGCCAAGACAAGCCGUCUAAAACCAAGAAGUUUGGUGAAGCUGCUUGGAGGUUCUUCUUCUACCUCACAGCUUUUGUGGCUGGAUUGUCCUGCCUGGUUGAUAAACCGUGGUUCUGGGACCUCAGGGAAUGUUGGAGGCAGUAUCCAUUUCAGCCCAUGGAGAGAGCUCACUACUGGUACUACAUGCUGGAGCUGGGAUUUUAUGGCUCUCUGCUCCUUCGGAUCUCUGUGGAUGUCAAGAGGAAGGAUUUUAAGGAACAGGUCGUCCACCACUUGGCUACCAUCUUCCUGCUCAGUUUCUCUUAUUGUGCCAACUACAUUCGCAUCGGCACCUUGGUCAUGCUGCUCCACGACUCCUCUGACAUCCUGCUAGAGCCUGCAAAGAUGUUCAACUACGGCGCUGGCUGGGGGAGAUCGUGUGACACCCUGUUUGUUAUGUUCGCUGUGAUCUUCCUCGUGACUCGGCUGGUGAUUUUUCCCAGCAAAAUCAUUCACACCACCCUGGUACUGUCCAUGGAGGUGUUUGAGCCUUUUGCUGGCUACUACUUUUUUAACAUCCUGCUGAUGGUGCUGCAAGGUCUGCACAUCUUCUGGGCCAAGUUGAUCUUGCACAUGUUCUAUAAGUUCCUGAAAGGCAAGCUGGAAAAAGAUGAACGCAGUGAUGAAGAAAGUGAGGUUGAAGAGGAAGAGGAGGAAAAAGGGGGAGAGGAGAACAAGGACCCAGGAGUUGACUGUUACUGGGAGAAAAAUUCCAACCCUCACCUUGUCCUACGUCUGAGAGGGGGCAUCAUUGAGCCAUCACUGAAGCAGCUGGCUCAGAAGUACAACUGUGACAGGAUAAUCUGCCGCAAGUGCUAUGCUCAUCUGCAUCCACGUGCCAUCAAGUGUGGACACACCCGCAACAUCAGACUGAGGAUUCUGUAAUCUGAUUACACAAUCCAGCCGUUAAAAAUGCUCCAUCAGAUUGAAUAAAACUCUUAAUACUGAAGAAAA